AUGAGGAAGUUUAAUGAGUUGGGGAGGUUGUUUUUUGUACUAGUGGUUUGGCUGCGGUUGAGUACCAGGGCUUGCUCGCAGCCACAACAGCGAGUCCCUUGCUUCUUCAUUUUCGGCGACUCGUUGGUGGACAAUGGAAACAACAAUCGACUGAUCACACUUUCUAGGGCAAACUAUAGGCCUUAUGGCAUCGACUUUCCGCAGGGUGUCACCGGUCGCUUCACAAAUGGCCGAACCUAUGUUGAUGUACUAGCUCAGCUUCUGGGGUUUCGAAAUUUUAUUCCACCUUAUUCAAGAACUCGUGGAGCUGCACUUAUGAGGGGAGCAAAUCUGGCAUCAGGAGCAUCUGGUAUUCGAGAUGAAACUGGAGAUAAUUUGGGAGGUCACACGUCGAUGAACCAACAAGUUUCGAUCUUUGGAAAUGAUAUACUGCCAGAAAUGAGAAGGUUGUUUAGAGGAGACGCCAAUGCACUAAACAGCUAUCUCAGCAGAUGCAUCUUCUAUUCUGGGAUGGGGAGUAAUGAUUAUCUUAACAAUUAUUUCAUGACUGACUUCUACUCGACCAGUUCCGAUUUCACUACAAAAGCUUAUGCUGCAGCACUUCUUCAGGAUUACUCGCGCCAGCUCACUCAACUGUAUUCCUUUGGAGCUAGAAAAGUGAUCGUCACAGCCAUUGGCCAAAUUGGAUGCAUACCUUAUGAACUAGCAAGAUUUCGUGGAAACAGCACCCGAUGCAAUGAAGACAUCAACAAAGCGAUUGUUAUGUUCAACUCAGGGCUUAAAAAACUUGUUGACAAUUUUAAUGGCGGUCAGCUGCCUGGAGCCAAGUUUGUCUAUGUAGAUGCCUAUCAAAGCAACGUUGAUCUCUAUAAAAACCCAAAUGCUUCUGGAUUUGAUGUGAUAGACAAGGGGUGCUGUGGAGUAGGAAGGAACAAUGGGCAGCUAACUUGUCUACCUCUUCAAGAAGCUUGUCGAGAACGAACAAAGUACUUGUUUUGGGAUGCCUUCCAUCCAACCGAUAUAGCAAACGUUGGCUUUGGCAGGGCAACAUUCAGUUCCGGGCGAUAUACAUAUCCAAUUAAUAUUCAACAAUUGGCAAUGCUAUAA